AUGAAGACGGCGCUGCUGCUAGCGCUCCAUGCGAUGGCCUCGACCGCGCUCGUGAUCGAGCGCCCAGCCCACUUUGGGCGCAACAUCUCGGACGACAUACCCGAGCUUCUUCGUGGCGAGAUCGUGUCAGCUCGGCCAUUCGACGCGUGUGGCGAUGCGAUCGAGAACGACGUGGCCGGACGCAUCGUGCUCGUCGUGCGUGGCAAGUGCAACUUUGCGUACAAGGCGCUGCAGGCGCAAAAGGCGAACGCAAGCGCGAUCGUCGUCAUGGACGACAAGCCCAAGGUCCACGACGAAGUCUGGGGCGUGCACAUGAUCUCGGACGGCAACGUGUCAGCCAUAGUCAUUCCGUCCGUCUUUGUCGCGUACCAGACCGGCGAGGCUCUCUUGGCGCAGCUAAAGCAGGCAGACAGUUUGCCGCCGCUCGUAACACUCAACAGCACCGGCCAAGGUGUGGCGACCUUUCGGCAGCAUAGCAUCUUUGAAGGCAUCGUGCUCUACGUGCUCUCGACCUCAGUGAUGUUUGUCCUUCUCAGCGCGCUGUGCUUUGUGCUGAGCAAGAUCGUUGCUUGGUACCAGCAAUCAGCACGAACACGGGCGGCACGACGCUUGCCGAUGCGGCAAUACCAUGUAAAAUCAGACGAAGACGUGUGCUCGAUUUGUCUCGAGACCUUUGACGACGGCGUCUGGCUCAAGGUACUGCCGUGCGACCACGAGUUCCAUCAAGAAUGCAUCGAUCCGUGGCUCCAACACCGCAACGGCAACUGCCCGCUGUGCAAACGCGAGGCACUAGACGGCGACGUGUGUGUGGACGGGAUCUGGACAAACCACCACGCAGGUCUGGCGAGCUGGCUACCGUACAUUCUGGUCUCGAACGAAAACAACUACUCGGUGCAGAUGUUUCUGUACGGUGUCAUCAUGAUGCUACCCCUGCUUGUGGCGGUUGCUCUCGGAUACUUUACUGUCGACCUCUGAGCAUUACCUGCGCUACUAUCCUAAUGUCUUAUAAAUAUUCCAACAAUUUUCUUG